AAAGUGAUACUUUUCCCCUUGCCAUUUUCUGUCUUGAUUUGCUGAAGAUGAUUUCUCUAGUGUUUGUUUGCAUAUCUUAGAAGAAGAAAAUCAUGGUUCAUUCGAUUUGAUCUACAGGUUACGCUCCUAAUAUAAGUAGGUUAAUUGACUUUCAAAUCAGGGAUAUAUUGUGUUUCUUUGCCUUAGGUUCUUCAUUCUUGGAUCCUGGAUAUGAUCCCUCUAAGCACUUGUACAUCGUACAUACCAAGUCAAUAUGAUCCUGUAGGCGUGAGAUUUGAAGUAUAUUAAGUUCAGUAACGAAUCGUAAAAGUUGUAGAACAUACGAUUGAAUCUGGCAUUUGUGGUUGUGUGGAUGCAUUUUCUUGGCAUAGUAGAGUAUAAAUAAACAAAAAACCUUUUUUAGAGGAGAAGCAACAAUUUCUUCUAGAACGAGGUGAUGAGAAGAAAGAAAUUUUGAGUGAUUUGUUUUCCGGGCCCACAGUACCGACCCUUCCUCUUCUUCCCCCAACCGGGGCAUCUCUCGCCGUCUUGCGCCGCCGGCGAUAAUGGACCCCGCGGGUCGAGCGGCCAGCCUCACGCCGCCGGUGAACUGUCAAAGAUGCGCAGCCUGCACUCCCAGUGCCCCGCCUGCGGGCUGCGCAGUGGGCAGUUAGUUACUGUAACAUCCCGUGAACAUGGGUCCUGGCUUUUAGAUCCAUCCGGUUCUUGCCGUUUAUUUUCUUUGUUAGCAACAAUCUCUUCUGCCAUCACUCUAUCUUUAAUCUUGAUGCUUGCCUCGAGUGCAUUUCAUCCCUUCUUGAUGCUGCAGAGUUUUGCUGACUUGAGCGCCUGGACUGCGGCCCCCCUUUUUAGUCCGCCGGCGAGUCUCCAGCAGCAGACAUGGCAGAAGCGGUACUCCUUGCUCUCACAAAGAUUGGUAGCGUUUUAGCAGAUGAAACUGCCAAGACCAUGCUGGCCAAACUAUCUGAAAAGGUUAAUAAUCUGAGAGAUCUGGAAGACAAGAUCGAGCAAAUAAGGAAGCAACUGACUGCCAUGAACAAUGUUAUACGGAAGAUUGGUACGGUAUACCUAACUGAUGAAGUAGUCAGGGGUUGGAUUGGGGAAGUGCGAAAGCUGGCCUAUCGUGUUGAGGAUGUAAUGGACAAGUACUCAUAUCACACACUUCAAUUGGAGGAAGAAUGGUUUCUGAAGAAGUUUUUCAUAAAAGGAUCACACUAUGUCUUGGUUUUUAGUCAAAUUGCAGAUGAGGUGGUCAAGAUCGAAAAGGAGAUCAAGAAUGUUAUAGAACUUAAAGAGCAGUGGUUGCAGCCAUCACAGCUUGUUCCUGACCAGUUUAUUGAGAUGGAAAGACAACGGUCGCAAGACAGCUUCCCUCUACUCGUCAAAGAUGAAGAUCUUGUUGGGAUUGAAGAUAACAGGACAACACUAACCAAAUGGCUGUACUCUGAUGAGCUUGACAGCACGGUGAUAACCAUAUCAGGUAUGGGCGGACUUGGAAAAACGACCCUUGUUACAAAUGUUUAUGAACGUGAAAAAAUCAACUUUCCUGCUCCUGCAUGGAUGGUUGUGUCCCAGACCUACACUAUGGAUGCUCUACUUAGGAAGUUACUCAUGAAGGUUGGUGGUGAACAGCAGAAUAUUGACAAAUUAGAUGUGCAUGAUUUGAAAGAAAAAAUAAAGCAAAAGCUCAAAAAUAGGAAAUGUUUGAUUGUAUUGGACGAUGUCUGGGACCAAGAGGUGUACAUUCAAAUGUCUGAUGCAUUCCAAAAUCUCCAGGCAAGCCGCAUCAUUAUCACGACAAGGAAGAAUCAUGUGGCUGCUCUUGCUCACCCAACACGUCACCUUGAUCUCCAGCCUCUGAGCAACAUUCAUGCAUUUGAUCUCUUCUGCAGAAGGACUUUUUAUAACAAGAAGGACCACACAUGCCCCAAUGACCUUGUGGAGGUUGCUACUUCUAUAGUAGAUAGGUGCCAGGGAUUACCACUAGCAAUUGUAUCAAUUGCUAGCCUAUUAUCUUCAAGGCCACGGACGUAUUACAUUUGGAAUCAAAUGUACAGUCAGCUUCGAAGUGAGCUAUCAAAAAAUGAUCAUGUCCGAGCAAUUUUGAACCUGAGCUACCAUGAUCUAUCAGGAGACCUCAGAAAUUGCUUCUUGUACUGCAGCCUCUUCCCUGAAGAUUAUCCAAUCUCACGUGAGAGCUUGGUGAGGCUUUGGGUUGCAGAAGGCUUUGUGGUGAGCAAAGAAAACAAUACAUCGGAGGAGGUAGCUGAGGGAAACCUCAUGGAACUAAUCCACCGCAAUAUGCUGGUCACAAUGGAAACUGAUGAGCAGGGAAGGGUGAGUACAUGUACAAUGCAUGAUAUUGUGCGAGAUCUUGCCCUUGCUGUUGCAAAAGAUGAGAGGUUUGGCACUGCAAAUAAUUAUGGAGCAAUGAUACUGAUGGAUAACGAUAAGGAUGUUCGACGCCUAUCAUCUUAUGGAUGGAAAGACAUUGCAUCACUAAAAGUAAAACUUCCACGUCUUCGAACUCUAGUGUCACUUGGAACAAUUUCAUCCUCCCCAGACAUGUUAUUGUCAAUUUUGUGUGAAUCCAGUUACCUAACUGUUCUCGAGCUACAAGAUUCUGAAAUUACUGAAGUGCCAGCAUCUAUAGGGACUCUGUUCAACUUACGUUACAUUGGCUUGCGCCGUACCAAGGUCAGGUCACUCCCUGAUUCUGUUGAGAAGCUCUUGAACCUCCAGACUCUAGACAUCAAGCAAACAAAAAUAGAGAGACUGCCACGAGGGAUCUCUAAGAUUAAGAAGCUGCGACACCUUUUAGCUGACAGAUAUGCUGAUGAGAAGCAGUCGCAAUUUCGGUACUUCAUUGGAAUGCAAGCACCUAAAGAUCUGUCGAACUUGGAAGAACUGCAGACUCUUGAGACUGUGGAAGCCAGCAAGGAUUUGGCUCAACAGCUGAAGAAACUGAUGCAGCUAAGGACUGUGUGGAUUGACAACAUUUGUGCUCUUGAUUGUGCAAAUAUAUUUGCCGCCCUAUCAAAUAUGCCACUACUUUCCAGCUUGCUUCUUUCUGCAAAGGAUGAAAAUGAGGCACUUUGCUUUGAUGCUCUCAAACCAAUGUCGACAGAACUUCAUAGGUUGAUUAUCAGAGGGCAAUGGGCUAAGGGAACCCUGCAGUGCCCGAUAUUUCAAGGCCAUGGGAGACAUCUCAGGUAUUUAGCUCUAAGUUGGUGUGAACUUGGGGAAGAUCCACUGGAGAUGCUCGCACCACACUUGCCAAACCUCACAAACCUGAGACUUAACAACAUUCGUAGUGCAAAGACUUUGGUUCUUCCUGAAGGAUCAUUUCCCCACCUUAAGAUGCUUGUGUUGAAGCACAUGCCUAAUGUCAACCAGCUGGUGAUAGGAAAAGGCGCCCUCCCUUGCAUUGAAGGUCUGUACAUUGUGUCCCUGGUGGAGCUAGAUAAGGUCCCUCAAGGCAUCGAAUUGCUUCGCUCCCUGAAGAAGCUCUGGCUAGUGAACCUGCACAGGGGCUUUCUACCUCAGUGGAACAAGAGCGAGAUGCACCAUAAGAUGCAGCAUGUCAUAGAGAUUCGUGUUUAGGCGCGGUGGAUUGGUUCCUUCUGCAUUACUGUUCUUCUAUGGAUCUAGCACUGGCAACCGUCAACAACAUACUGUUACUGAGUCAUUGACAUCUUCGGCAGGGCUCCACAUUUCAAUCUGAAUCAAUUAACUGGUGACUGUAGCACUGCUUAAAACUUGUGAAAUUUUUAUAUUUGUCUUUGGGAAGCUCGCCCAAGUAUUUGUGCUGCUUAUUCAGUUGUUAUCUGCUUGAUUUUAUUGCAAGAACAAGUGCCAUUUGAAUUUGACUUGAUUUUGUCUAUAA